GUUGCGAUGGGUGUCCAUGGGCUCACCACCUACCUCCGCGACCACAAACGCUCUCUCACACGCACACUCGACUUUUCCGCACAGCCAGGUGCAUCCGCUGUCUUUGUCGUAGACGGGUGGUCGUUUAUCUACGAGCUCUAUGGCGAGUCGAAGCUUCCUUGGGUGUAUGGAGGAGAGUAUGCCGCGUUCGGGGAGCACGUCGAGGACGUCGUCCUAGCGUGGAUCGGCGUGGGGCUGCAGCUGCAUUUUGUGUUUGAUGGCCCCGAACCCGAGCUCAAACUCCCCACUGUCAUCAGCCGGCUCAACCGUACAAACGUCGAAGGCCCACUCCUCUUCUUCCGCACGUCUCCCGCAUCGCGCAGCACACCCCGCUUCUUGCGCGAAACCGCACUUCUCCCACCCCUUGCUUACGCCGCAUGUUUGCAGGCGCUCCAAAAGCUCGCAAGCACCACGCCAGCGGUGCAGGUACACCACGCAGAUGAGGAAGGCGAUCCAUUCGCGGUCGAGCUCGCGGGCAGGUUAGGGGGAUACGUCCUCGGGAACGACUCGGACUUUGUGAUUCUCAAUUCAGGGGAGUAUAAGGGGUAUGUACAGCUCAACGAGAUGAUGUGGGUUGCGAAUGCACCGCCUUCCACUCCCGCAACGCCCAGUGCCACGUCCACCGCGGAUGCGGACUGGGGCGCGGACGAUGGCGGAUUCACGCCUGUCAAAGCCAAAUCGAAGAAAAAACGACAGCCCGUGUUCGACCCAAGGGUGACCUAUGGUCUCAUCCCCCCUCUCGACGUCGUCCCAGAUGACCUCGUUCUAUCUGUGUCUGUAUACGAGCCCGCCUCACUCGCCGCACAGCUCAAGAUCCCCACCACCCUCUUACCCUUACUCGGCGCGCUAGUAGGCAACGACUUCUCGAACCACACCUCGACGCAGCGCAACGUCCAAUCCCUCUUCUUCGAGCGACACUUCACCCUCUCACAGCGCAUCGCGCACGUCGGCACCGUGCUCAGCACCAUCCUCUCUGCCGCAACCUCAGCAGCGCACCAAAAGCGAAAAGCAAAGCACCAGCUCGGGAGCGUGAUGGACCUCAUCGACAGGGCAGUCACAGCGCUGCUCAGCCCUCGCACUACGACCAACAUGGGGCCGGGCGAAGUGGACGCGAUCGUGGACCGGAUUGUAAAUGCUGCACUACAGUACGCGAUUCCGCGGGACGACGGGGGUCAGCUUUGGCCGACAACAAUAUGCGCGUUGCACGGGCCAGAGCAGUGUACCCUGCCCGUGCUGUUCUCCCGCGCGCUGUCUCAGCCCGCCGAGGAACCCGACGCCACAUCGGACGACCUCGACGCGGACACACGCGGGCAUCACGGCCGUCAGAACCGCAGAAACUCUGCCCUCGAUCCCGCCGCCGUUGUCAACGCGAUCCACCAAGCUGGCGCGGGCAACGACGAUCCGCGCACGGCCCAGCGGGAGGAGAUCCGGGACAUGUACAUCGAGGCGUACCGGGCUGGACGGCUCUCGCCCAAGGUGCUCGACGCGCUCAGCACGGCGACGUUUUGGCCCCGCAUCUUUCUCGAGAACCCGGACGCGGAGAAUGUAGCUCGGAGUCUCGGCCGACCGCUCCGAACGUGGCUGUACGCGGUGUUGGAUGAUGCCGUUGGCUUGCCCGAGCCUCCUCCCGAGCCGGAGCCAGAGCCGGAUGAUGAAGAGAGCCAGGCACAAGGAGAGGGUGCGGACGAGGAUGAGGACGAUGGAGACCCAGACGAGCUCAUCGACGUCGAAGAGGAAGACUCGGACGACGACGGGGUGGACAUUCUCGCGCCGCUCAGAGGCGAGCUGCAAAAGCUGCGCCCGCCCUCCCAGGACGAUUCAGACACCGGAAUAGCAGCACGCGACCGCUCGUGCUCGCGCUCCGUGCGCUCGCGGGCCAAGUACAUCACCGAGCACGUGCGCCGCGGGACGCGUGUCGCGCCGGAGGAGGUCCUUGUGCCUGACCUGGGCGAUCUGCUCUCGCAGUCGGGGUAUCUGGAGUACGACCAGGAGAACUGGAUUCCGCUGCAGCUCAGGAGCGAGGAGGAGCGGCUGACGUUGCUGUUGAGGGUGCUGGGCAGCGAUAUGGAGGGUGUCAGGGGGGUGGAGAAGAGCAGGGUCGUGUAUGUGCUUGCGCUACGGUGGGUGGUCAGGAGUAUGCAUAAGAGGGCGCGGGAGAAUCCAGAGAGCAGGGAAAGGCAGCUGGAGCGGUGGACACGCGGGGAGGCGGCUGCGUUCGUGCUUACGUGCGUUCACUCUGCUCCUGCAGCCUCCCGCCCAUCUUUGGCAAGUGAAAGCGAAGAGGGGCCAGCGAUCGAUGACAGAAACAUCCAGCUUGUCGCACAAUUCCUCGCUGCCCUCGAAGCGGUUCACCUACUCGCGCAGGCCCUGCUUCUCUCGGAGCGUGUACCGUUUGACGUCGGCAGGCUCUCUGGGUCCGCAUUGCACGCUGCCCUAAACGCGAAGCUGUCCAUCGAUAUUGCAAGCGCUGUCCCUGGCAAGCUGUGGGCCGCGUGCACUCAGGGCCUCGAAGAAGCUCUCGCGGAAGACAGGAGGAAGCGGGCGAAGAAGGAUCGACAGAAGGGUGCUGCUCAGGUUCAUGUUAAUGGCGUCAACGGCGCUUCGGCGCCGCAGAAGAUGGGUGGACACUAUAGGGGUAAUGUUGUGAGGGUCGGUGGACAGAGGGUGACAAACGGAGCGAGUUUGUUUGGAAUGCUCGCGGACAUGCAGGACUCGUAGUGUCCAUUCAUUGAUUCGUUGUGAUAAUCAUCGAGUCAGGGUUAUGGAACAGGCGUCUAAGGUCCAAUCGUACGUACCUAUAACAUGUCACUUGCUGUUGUGGAUGUUUUUGGACGAAGAAGCUCCAGGGUUGUACAGCGC